AGGAUCGAAUCUUUAUUCUUUCUUGUGGUCCUGCUCGAGGUUUUCUAGAGAGGAAAAAACCCACUGGACAGGUUUUAAAGAGGGUCAGGACUGGAUACACACACGGACCACUUAAUCUCGUAGAUCAUUGUAAACUUCUGAAAUUGUGGAAUCAGGUGCAAUACAGGUUAUUCAAUUAAAAAACAUAAAUAAAGGAAGACAAAUAUUGAAACUAUUGCCUCAAUGGACCUAAUAAACCUGUUAAAAUUUGUAAUUUAAUUAACCGGUGCCUUUUGUGGUGUUUGUUUCAAUUACAGUGGGUCAAAAGUUAGAAGAUAGAAGAGAAGCGUUCUUUUCAACUGUGCCAAAUUCUUGAAGCAAUUAUGUCAUCACUGCGAUAAAAUAAUACGAUGAAUAAUACAACGCGGGAAGAAAUUCAACACGCUUUAGAAAUUCGCGUGCAUUGUGAAUCGCAGUAACAUUGUUUAUACUGAAAAACCAUGAACGCUGUGUGUGAUCUUGUUUAUCAUUCUUUGAACUAAAAAAGCUAAUAAUAUAGAAAAAGGAGAAAAGCAUAGUAUCAAUAGUACUUUAUGCAAAGUGCAGUGUAAUUUAGAUUUUUAUAAUUAACCUUAACGACUAACUCUGUGUCCAGUUUCGUUUCUUUUUUUUUUUUUUUUUUUGUAUAAUGACUUCCAUGUUAUGCGAAGAAGACUCGAAGGUUGCAAGGAUGAAGCAGAAACUGAUGAACGACGUACACGUGAAAGAAGAAACGCGAUCCUUCCUUAGCGUUUUCAGAGAGAACCUAAGCAUUUCUCCGUCUGACCUUGAACAAGGCUUCAACAAACAUCGAUUUCGACCGAAUAGAAAUACGAUUUUAAGUGUGACGUCUCUGUUAAUUGCUCUUCUCUGCCUGAGUCUCGAAAGUUGGAAAUUCCAUUGUUCUUUGAUUAAUGCUCGGGAAAUCGAAGAGCUAAAACGAAGUGUAGAGAGUUUGAAACAUCGCUUCGUGAAAGAAGAUCUACUAAAUGAACUAAAAGCCUUCGAAGAACAGUUGUACACCGAAAUGUACAAUGAUGACGAUGAUGAUCCAGACGAAGCAGAUAUCGACAAUGCGGAUUACGACUCAAAUUAUGACGAUGAUACGUUUUCUUCGCACGAUUACUCUCCGGUAUUCGGUGCUCCGUCCGAUUUCCCUGAUUCCUCGUCGACAAUUGCUCCUGUACCCUCUCCAACAGAGCGCAGUGCAGAUAAAACAUUGCUGAAGUUAGCAGCAGCUCACAAGAUCGAGGUCAAAUAUAAUCAAGAACCGAUGAAAAAUUACAAGAACGUGGAUCGGGAACGUCAUCAAGAAAAGAAGGUUCUGGAAGGGAAAUUGGAAAAUCAUGAAAAUAAUACUAAACGAAAGCGAGAUGUACUAGGUACGGAUAAUGUAAAGGAUCGUUUUUUAAGCUGGAAGAUGAGCUUGAAGCGUAAACGGUCGAUUGACGAAGGAAACCAUAAUUCCAAGAGAUCAUUUGUCAGAAGACAUUCUCCUAGGAGAACGGUCGCUUCUAGUUCCGGUUCUAAAGAGAUGUUGGAUGAUAGAAGCAUCGAUGACCAACGAAACACGUCUAUUGUCGUUUCUAGUAGAUAUCCACCAAAGAAGUAUAAUACCCACUCGUCUUUAGAUACCACCGAUGCAUCUCCAUCGAAACAUAACAAGUUUACUGUGCAAGGUGUCACGAACCAUUCUGCAAAGAUUUCUCACAAAUUUCGAAAGAAUAUGAAUCUCUCUCGAAAAAUAGUUGCUAUUCAUUUUGAUGGAGAUCGGAGUAAAGCCUCAGGAUCAGACUAUUAUGCUGGAAAUGGGAGAAUUCGUCAUGGCGGUAGUACGUUUAAGGCUUGGAAACCAAGUGAUUGGGUAAAUGAUCUUGGUAUGGGCGAAUACUUCAGCAUGUCUGAUGACGGGAAUGUUACCAUUUACGAAACAGGAUUAUAUCUAGUUUACGCGCAGAUUCAUUACAACGAUGAUCAUGAUGAAAUUGGAUUUCAUCUGGUAGUGAAUGGUCGGCCUAUUCUUCAAUGCAUGAUUGAUAACUCUGGUCACUCACGUAACAUUAGCCAGACCUGUUUUUCGGCACAGCUGACACGGCUCAAAAAACAAGACGUUUUAGUUUUCAAAGAGGCCAGUUCACCGAGAUUCGCCAUUUUCGACAAGGAAAACAGUUUCUUCGGACUAGUGAAACUUGGGGAACUAAGAAGGCCAUCGCAGUGAUCGCUUAUUUGAAGAUAGUAGUAAUAAUCAUCGAUUAUAAUCAAACUUUAAUAUGCACUUAUCACUUAUCACGAGUGAAUUUCUUAAAAAACGAAGUGCUUAUCUUACUUUAAUAAAAAGUAAUUUAUUGACCGUUCAUCAUGGCAAUGAUACCGUAAAGCGUUUGUUUCAGCUAUUGUCGAUAUUUAAUGAAAAUAGACGCGGGUCAAUUUUGUUAAUUAAAGACCAAUGGAUCUAUUUCUGCCUAUGAAUGUAUAUUACCGCUGUAAAUAAGAUUUUUGUGUUUUAUUAUUAAGCAGUUUUUGAAACCGCCAAUUUUCUACAGAGUCCAAAGAUAGUGAGAGUGCAAGUGAGAAAAAAAUUAGAUUAAGAUCUUAUAACUAAUGUAUCCGAAUAAAAUAAAUUUUGCGAUACGAUUGUGACACAUGUUCUAACACAC